AAUGGGAUCGCGCAGAGGCCUUGCUCCGCGCUCGAAUGGGCGGGCCUUUGGUUUGCAUUGUAACAGGCUAGGCUGCAGCUCCCCUUUGAACUGGCCACGCAUCGAAACGUCACGUGUCCAGCAGCCUCCUCCGUGGAGCUGGACUCGGCUCGCGGAGAUCGCUACCGCCUCCCCAUACAAACGCACGCGCGCGCGCUGUGUCGGGACCCCGGGUUCUGGUGUGUGUUGGUUUUCCGGACGAAGUAAGGGAACUAACUCGGACUAUAACUGGACCGAGACUUUUCGGUACCGCCCGGACGCGUGGAGCGCGCGGAAGCCCCACUUUUACCGCCCGCUCCGUUCCUCCGGUCUGCACUCCAGGGCUGUGAGCGAGCGAGCGAGCCGCACGGGCUCGCCAGGCUAAAUGGGGUCGUUCGCUGAAGGGGCUUGUUUUCACAGCGCAUUCGGGACUCCGGACUGAAGAGGGGAGCUUUUUCUUUUCUUUCUUUCUUUUUCUCCACACCAGCGACCUUUCCGUGCUGGCUCCGCUUAGACGUGUCAGAAAGUUACGUAAUGGAUUAUUUAAAGUCAUUUAGGAUGAAAAAGGCACCGAGCUGCGGAAACCGGACCUGUAACGUUACCGAGGAAGCUGUCGACGCCGACGGGUCCUGUUUUGGUACGGGCUGCUAGCUGGGUAGCUCAACCGAAGCGCUGGCUUUAAUAAUAAGGAAUAAAUAAAAGCAAGGCGCGAGCGCGAGCGCGUUGGCUCGAUGGAAAGUGUGCUGUUUUCGCUCAGCUAGUUCUUCCUUCUCGUUAAAGUGUUCGAGGCAAAGCUUUAUUUUUACAAUGGCAAGUCCUUCUGCGGAGCAGGGCUGUUUCUCGGACGUGAGAAAGGUGGGUUAUUUAAGGAAACCCAAAAGCAUGCACAAAAGGUUUUUUGUCCUGCGGGCUGCGAGCGCGGCUGGACCUUCCAGGCUGGAGUACUACGAGAACGAGAAGAAAUGGAGACACAAGUCUGGGGCUCCGAAAAGGUCAGUUCCACUCGAGAGCUGCUUCAACAUAAACAAAAGAGCGGAUUCCAAAAACAAAUACCUUGUCGCCCUUUACACCAAGGACGAGUACUUCGCCAUCGCUGCAGACAGCGAGCUGGAGCAGGACGCGUGGUAUCAGGUCCUGGUAGACCUUCAUAACAGAGGUAAGGUCCACGAAAACGCCGGGAGCAACGGAAUUGGGGAGGACAGUUAUGGCGAAACUACACCGGGUCCUGCCUUCAAAGAGGUGUGGCAAGUUAUACUGAAACCAAAGGGACUUGGGCAGACGAAAAACCUGACUGGGGUUUACAGGCUGUGUCUGACCAAUAAGACUUUAGGCUUUGUGAAGCUGAAUUCUGAUGCAGCAGCAGUAGUGCUGCAGUUAAUGAAUAUUCGACGAUGUGGCCACUCUGAAAAUUUCUUCUUCAUAGAAGUUGGGAGGUCGGCGGUGACCGGGCCAGGCGAAUUCUGGAUGCAGGUGGAUGACUCCGUCGUGGCUCAGAACAUGCACGAAACGAUUUUAGAAGCCAUGAAGGCUAUGAGUGAAGAGUUUCGACCCCGUAGCAAAAGCCAGUCCUCCUCAAACUGCUCCAACCCCAUUUCAGUGCCAGUUAGGACGAGGCAUCACCACAACAACCCUCCCCCGAGCCAGGUUGGAUUGGGAAGGCGCUCUAGGGCUGAAAGUGUGACCGCCACAUCUCCUGCAGGCAUGGGCAAACAUAGCCAUUCGUUCAGAGUGAGAGCAUCCAGUGAUGGAGAGGGAACCAUGUCGAGGCCUGCGUCUGUAGACGGGAGCCCUGGAAGCCCUAGCGCAGUGCGACCUCAGUCUCAAAGGCACAGAGGAGGGUCCAGGCUGCAUCCUCCAUUGAACCAUAGCAGGUCCAUCCCCAUGCCCUCAUCACGAUGCUCCCCUUCAGCCAUCAGCCCAGUCAGCCUCUCCUCCAGCAGCACCAGCGGACAUGGAUCUACGUCCGACUGCCUCUUCCCUCGGCGCUCCAGUGCCUCGAUCUCAGGUUCACCUAGUGAUGGGGGCUUCAUCUCCUCUGACGAAUAUGGAUCUAGUCCAUGUGAUUUCCGGAGCUCUUUCCGCAGCGUAACCCCUGACUCACUUGGACAUACGCCUCCAGCCAAAGAGGAGGAACUCAAUAACUACAUUUGCAUGGCCAAACCCGGCUCGCUAACUAGUAAUGGGAGCCAGUCACAGAGUCAAUCCAGAGGUACGCCAUCUCGCCUGGAUGAGCCAGAGUUGGAAAAAUGUUUCAGGAAAAGAACUCAUUCUUCUGGAACAUCACCCCCUACCUUGUGCCACCAGAAAACACCUUCGCAGUCGCCUGCUGCUUCACUGGAUGAAUACACGGUCAUGACACCAGCAUAUUCUAAUAGUCGAUCAGCGUCGUCAUCUUCAUCUACGUAUAGAAACUCAUUCAUGCCCGCCCGCUUGUAUCCAGAAGAAGGUUUGGAAAUGCCACCAACAGAGGGCAGCAGUGGGUUGAGUCACAAGGAUGACGGGUACAUGCCAAUGUCGCCAGGUGUAGCCCCCUCUGUGGUAACAGGAAAGAGUGGUGAUUACAUGCCUAUGAGCCCGAAAAGUGUCUCAGCUCCGCAACAGAUUAUCAACCCACGACAGCACUCAAGAGUAGACUCCAAUGGCUACAUGAUGAUGUCACCGAGUGGUAGCUGUUCACCAGAUGUUUCGACGAACUACGGCAAGAUUUGGACCAAUGGUGUCAACCCUAAGCUUUCAGUUGAGAGCACAGAGGGGAAAGUAUCAUCAUGUGGAGACUACAUAAACAUGUCUCCCGCUAGCUGCUCAACCACCGGAACUCCACCAGACUGCUACUUCAACCCUGUAGAUGAGCCAUCCAGGCCUGCAUAUGCCUACUUCUCCUUGCCCCGCUCUUUCAAACACACCAACAAGAAGCAGGACCAGAGUCCUUUACGCAUGUCACAGGGCGCUAGUCGCCUGGUUUGCGCAGACUCCUCCUCCUCCUCAGCAAGCAGCGACAGCCUAGGUGGUCAGUGCAACUCUCAUCCACCUGCUGUCAGGCCCAAAAGAUCAGAAGUCGACUCUAGACUGGCACGACCAACAAGGCUAUCACUGGAUGCUAACAAAGCCAGUACUCUUCCUCGAAUGCGGGAAAGCCCAUUCCCACCUGAGCCCAAAAGCCCUGGAGAGUAUGUCAACAUUGAGUUUGAUGACAAGGCAUUUUCAGCAAGCUUGGCUUCCCUGUUUUCACCGGUAUUUACUGGCAAUGGAGCUGAUGUCCUGUCAGAACCGCCAUCCUCCGACUACAUGAACAUGCAGCUGGGUUCACGAAGAUUGCUCUCAGACUCUAGAAUACCGAUGGCCUCUUCCUCUUCUGACUACGCAAUCAUUACUCCAUCAGAGACCUCUGCCUCCUCCCACCCUCUGCCUUGUGAAAGCAUUUGUGAACGUGACUACAUCAGCAUGCAGUUAGGUGCCUCUUGUACAGCCUAUACCAAUUCCCAGAUGAUGCUCAUGAAUGCUUCCUUACCAGACUCUGAAGUCCCUCUUUGCUCCGAUUCACCCAAUGAUGACAUCGCAACGCUGCGUGGUGGCCCAGGUAGGCCUGUUCUUAUUGGUCCUCUGACGGGUCUCAGUGCAUUCACUCGGGUGAAUUCCACUCCUGCGCGAGACCAGGGUGCCAAAGUGAUCCGGGCCGACCCUCAAGGCAGGAGACGGCAUAGCUCUGAGACGUUCUCCUCCACACCGACCAGAGGAGCUGUAGGCACUGCAGCGGGCUUUCAAUCGGAAGACGUCAAACGCCAUAGCUCUGCCUCCUUUGAGAAUGUUUGGCUGAAGCCUGCUGAGGUUGCUGCUGCUGCUUCUCCAGCUGCCAGCGCAUCCACUGGACGGAGAGAAACGCUAACAGCUGCCAGCUUGGCCCAUCAGAACCAGAAUGGGCUAAACUACAUUGAUCUGGAUCUGGCACACAACCGAGAGCAGCCUGUUCCAGACUGGAGCUUGUUCCAGGCCCGGCAGGCGGAGCUGGAAGCGACAGGAGGGGCAGAGGAACUCCGCGCCUAUGCUAGUAUAAGCUUCCAGAAAGCUGAUGAGACUAGAGGAAACCUUUCUCAUAGAGAAGAGUAAGAAGCAGCUCUCCAUCAAUUAGAUUGGUUCUUUUUCUUCUUGCCAUAAACUGGACCCGCACACUACACCAAUCCCAUCAACUCGCACCAUGCCGUAACCCGGAACCUCAGUUACAAGUUACCUACAAACUGGACCUCUUUACACAUGUUCUGACCUCACACACUGCAGUUCUCACGACAGCCCUCAGGACCAGGGAGUUGCAUGAAUAAACACCUCAGAGUGGAGGGACUGAUCUAGGAUCUGUUUUCACUAAUAAUCCUUGUUGCACAAUGAAUUGUAUUUAAAUUCAUCGUGUGUUCUGUUGCGGCGGAUCUGCGUCUGCACUUCAGACUUUCAUUUGCUCACUUUGACGUCAAGAUCUGAGAAAAGUUCUGAGCAACGUUCUGAAAGUAUGAAGUGUAGAGGAUGCUUUGUCAUGACGCGAAAGAAGACUGUCCGCACAGCACAAACCAUUCAAAUCAUAUCUCUUCCCCUUCCCAGCACAAUCAUGUAUUCGUUAUCGCUGGCGAUAACCGUGACUUCUUAGGUUUAAUAUCUUAACCAGUACAGUUGUGCACAUGACCAGGUGAUCCUAGAUCAGCACUUUCACUGAAAGAGACCCUUUGUGCAUAUGUCCCCAUGGCUUCACCAUGCAGACCUCAUCCAUCAGCGGGAGUUCUUAUGCAUCACUCUUUAACAUGACGACUGUGUGGACGGACUGCUACAAAACAUCAGGUUUCUGUAAGGUAAAACGAUGGUACACGAUGAUAGUAUGCUACCAGCGGUGCUGCCAUACAUAUGGCUAUGAUAGUAUUUAAUAAUCAAACUGUAUUUAUGUUGCUGGUUGUAGACAGCAGUCAGAAAACGGACAGCAAUGCUUUGGUACAGGGACGCUGCCCGAGUUUGUGUAUUACGGUGUAACGCCUCUGCCGUUGUUUUGUCAUUUGUUGUUGAUGGUACCCAUUCUGUCUGUGUUGAUGCAAUAUAUCCAAAACGCUUCUGCACUUGAGCAUAUACACCAGAUCUCAACCGGCCCCCCAGUUCCUGACUUCAGGGGAUAAGCCACACACACACACACACACACACACACAAAUUCCGUGUUGAAGCACUGUGAUGCAUGAACGACCUCACACUGCCAAACACAUACGUACACACACUGUGAUCCCUGCCCCUUUCAUAUCCGAUUUCAUUAUGGAUUGCUUAUUUCCGAAUUCUCGUAAAUCUCACUCUUUAUGCUGUACAUAUCUUGGUCUCCAGACACCUCAGAGGAGCCAUUGUUUGGGUACUGAAUCGUCUUAUCAUGUCUCCAUACUAGGUACGGUUUCAUAGCUUACAUGUAUUCCGUGUAGAUUUUUGUGUAGCCAUGUUUUGGCCACCUUUGUGUGUCCCCUACGAGGAUUUGAAGUGAACAAGGCCUUACCUGAUCAGAACGAUGUCAUACGAUUGCUAAUAAUAUUAGCAAAAGAGGCGGACCGUAACGGAAUGCUUAACCAAAAAAUGCUAAUUGAAUAAAUGUAAGUUAGUUGUUAGCAGUAGCAUCUAGCCAAGUGAGCGCUACCGGCUUUUGUUAGCAAAAUGCAAACCACAGUUUGAUCCGCUCAAACUCACUAAAGGGGCAGUCGAGUCAAAAAUGGUUAGCGAUAAAUAAAAACGAGCGUCGUGCUGAUUCACGGCUACUAGUCUCCGUUCACCGUUAGCUACGUUAGCGUGUUGGGUGAAGCUCUUUAUUAGAGACCUGUGAAAGAACAGACGGUACUGUUAAAGUUCUGUGAAGCACGAGGAGUCAGCCGAGCGUUCAGCACACUUUCUUCUUUCUACUAAAUGGGUACAGAGGUUUGACUGUAGUUUAGCGUGCUGUUGGUCCAGCAGUCUUCAGCAGUGCUUCAGUUUAUUUAUUUAUGGCACAGCAUUGCCAGCAAAACCAAUAUGUCUGUUUUACAGGUGGCAAUACCAGUCUCUGAUUUACAGUGCAUUGCUGUUAAACCUUGGAAGCCAGUAAAAUUAGUUUUGUUUUUUUUUCCUUUUUAGGUCUUAUUUUAAAUAAAUAAAUUGAUUUCAUUUUAUUUUAUUUUUGCAUAAAAUAUCUUCCUGUGGCUUGAUUGUUGGGGUCAUGUCAACAGGAAUGAAGAGAAAAAUACCGAAAAAAUGUCUCAAAGUGUCACAUUUGCUGCUGAUGGGGGAAAACAUUGAUGAACAAUCUGUAAGUUAUUGAAUAUAGUUAUGCCAUUCAUGUUUUUUUUUGCAUUAAGAACUAUUUAACAUUUCAUGGAUUAUGUUUUAUGCAUUUCUUUUGGCCUUGAGGCUUAAGAUACAGUUGACAGAUGUUUGAAACUGUCUGUUGUUCUUAAGCUUCUGUUUAUUGAUGCAAAGUAAUUGCUUAUAUUAGUAUGUAUAAUCCAGUACUUUGGGUAAAGGGUUUGGUGUGUUUUAAUUAUCAAGACUCGGAAGUCAGUUACCUAACAAAAACCCUUUUCCCAGUGCAGGUGUAGCCUGAUAUGGGAACUUUGUACAUUUGUGUUUUUCCUACAACACAAUAGGCUACAGCAGUGGUGCUCGGUAACCUGAGAGCCUGCUGCCAAAGUGUUUUGUUUUGUUUUUUAAUAAAUGGUGUCUCUCUAGAACCAGACUGAUCAGAUUGCUCUGUCAAGCUGUAAAUGGCCAAACAACCUAACUUGUCUUCCACUGUAUAUAUUGUAUUGUACAAAAAAUUGCUAAUAGACAGAUUUAAUGAAUGAACCGUCUUAAAAGGGUGCGUGGUGAAAUGAUCAUUCAAAAGGAUCAGAUCAUUGUAUGAUUGUUCUGAAGGAAUGUAUGUAUGAACAAACAUGAUCGCCACAUGUACCAAUGUAGGUAAACAACACAAAUGGAUUGUACGCAUACAUAACUGAAUGAAUAAAUGUGUUUUUAAUAAGAAAGCACCAGCAAUGAGGCGAGGGCUGUAUAUUCCCUUCCUCUACCCCUUUUAUUUAGGAGAAUGGUAUUUUUUCUGCAAUCUUGUUCUGUAAUAAAGUAGAAAACUUUAUCUUUUUUGGAA